AUGUCAAACUUGCAAAAUACCACAUCCUCUUCCGUCAUUUUCCUGCUGACUGGUGUUCCCGGGCUGGAAGCCUUCCACACCUGGAUCUCCAUUCCCUUCUGCUUUCUGUAUGCAACUGCUGUUUCAGGAAACAGCCUGGUUCUCUUUGCCAUCAUCACUCAGCCCAGCCUCCACGAGCCCAUGUAUUAUUUCCUGUCCAUGCUUUCUGCCACUGACCUUGGCCUGUCUGUAUCCACUCUGGUCACCAUGCUGGGUAUAUUCUGGUUCAAUGCCAGGGAGAUCAGCUUCAAUGCCUGUCUGGCCCAGAUGUUCUUCCUUCACUUCUUCUCUGUGGUGGAGUCCUCAGUGCUCCUGGCCAUGUCGUUUGAUCGCUUUGUGGCCAUCUCCAACCCCCUGCGCUAUGCCUCUGUCCUCACAGACAGUGUCAUCAUCAGGACUGGGCUGGGCAUUGUGGCUCGCGCCACUGUGUCCCUCUUCCCUUUGCCCUUCUUACUAAAGAGACUGAACUUUUGCCCUGGCAAGAUCCUCCUGUCCCACUCAUUCUGUUUCCAUGCAGAUGUCAUGAAACGAGCCUGUGCUGACAUUACUGUCAAUAUCAUUUACGGGCUGUAUGUGGUUCUGUCCACAGUGGGUUUUGACUCCUUGCUUAUUGUGCUGUCCUACACCCUUAUUCUUCAUACAGUGAUGAGUCUGGCCUCUCCCAGGGAGCGUAUCCGGGCCCUCAACACUUGUGUUUCUCAUAUUUUGGCUGUUCUGGUUUUCUACAUCCCAGUCAUAGGUGUGUCCAUGAUCCACCGUUUUGGGAGACACCUUCCCCCUGUAGUACAUGCCCUUGUCGCCUACGUGUACCUGGUGGUGCCCCCUGUGCUGAACCCCAUCAUCUACAGUGUCAAGUCCAAGCCCAUCAGGGAGGCCAUGCUCAGGGUGCUGAGGGAGAAGAGGAAAGGCUGA